UCUGUAGUUUCCGUUGGGCGAAUGAAAUAGAAUCAUUCUUAGGAGAAGCGAAGCAAACAUAACUAACGUAACCGGAGGAGGAGGGGGAGAGAUGUCCCUAAACUACCCUCACUCAACCAUCAAAUUUACUCACACCUUCUUCUUCCCUUCCCAAUCCAAUGGACGCAUCAAUCCAAAUUACUCUGCCACCAGUAUCGUCUCUCUCCUCCUCAACUCUUUCUUUUCUCAACGGUGAGCAAGAUCUCAGCCGAGCACGAAGCUAUAUCGGCGAGCUUCAAUCUCAGUGUUUCGAUUUAGACCGAACCCUAAUCGACCUCAAUUCCAGGCUCCAUUCCACUCUCCUCUCUUACGCUUCCUUCUCCGAUGGAAUUCAUCUCCUUUUCGAUGAUGCCACUUCCAAGUUGACCGAUCUACGUUCCUUCACUUGCCCCCCACCGCUUUCUUCUUCUCUAUCACCAUCAGAUGGACAAGGAAGGAAGGAGGAGAUAUUGGGCGAGGAACUACCAGCGCUGGCCAAGGAGGUGGCUCGAGUCGAAACGGUUCGGGUCUACGCGGAGACGGCAUUGAAACUUGAUACAUUGGUUGGUGAUAUUGAGGAUGCGGUAUCUUCUGCGAUGAACAAAAAUCUAAGGAAGCAUUCUUCCAAAGAGAGUGUAGAAGAAAUGCGCCAGCUUGCUAUUGAAAGACUCAGACAUUCAGAAGAUGUUUUAAUUUAUGUUACAGAGACACACCCUCAGUGGACAAGUCUUGUGUCAGCAGUUGACCACAGAAUAGAUAGGGCUCUUGCCACAUUAAGACCCCAGGCAGUUGCUGAUCAUCGAUCACUUCUUGGAUCCCUAGGAUGGCCACCUCCACUUUCCACUUUGACAUCCUCAAACCUUGAUACUGGAAAAUCAGCUGAAAUCUCCAAUCCUCUUUUCACAAUGCAAGGGCUUCUUAAACAACAGUACUGUGAAAACUUUCUUGCUUUGUGUCACUUGCAGGAGCUGCAGUGGCGGAGAAAAUCACGGCAACUUGAGGGUCACAACAGGAAAGUGGCUCUGCAGCAACCAUUUUGGGCAAUCGAAGAACUUGUGAAUCCUAUUUCAAUUGCAUGCCAAAGACAUUUUUCAAAGUGGAUCGAUAAGCCAGAAUUCGUUUUUGCUCUUGUCUAUAAGAUUACCAGGGAUUAUGUCGGCACUAUGGAUGAAUUAUUGCAACCACUGGUUGAUGAAGCAAGGUUAGUGGGUUACAGUUGCAGAGAAGAAUGGAUUUCAGCAAUGGUAACCUCUUUAGUAACAUACUUGGCAAAAGAGAUAUUCCCCAAGUAUGUUGCUGAACUGGAUGGGGAGAGCGUUAGUGGUGUACAAUCAAAGGCUAGGUUUUCUUGGCUUCAUCUUGUUGAUCUUAUGAUUGCUUUUGAUAAACAGAUUCAGUCUCUGGUAAUGCAUUCUGGAAUUUUGCUUUCCCUUCAGGACGAUGGCAACCUGCAGAAGAUUUCUUCCCUAUCAGUCUUCUGUGAUCGACCUGACUGGCUUGAUAUAUGGGCAGAAAUUGAACUUAAUGACACACUUGAGAAGCUAAAACCUGAGGUUGAUGAUGAGAGAAACUGGACAGCAAAAAUUGAAGGUGCUCUUCUAUCUGGUUUUGAAAGUUACAAAUCUCCUGCGGUUUCAAGUGCCUUUGUUCGGCGACUUUUGUUGGUAGUUGAUCGAUGCCGAUCGCUGCCUAAUGCCUUUCUGAGGUCAAGGUUUCUGAAAAUGGCUGGUGGGUCUAUUACGCAACGAUAUUUGGAUUGUUUGCUACUCAGGUGCCAAGAAGCUGAAGGACUGACUGCAUUAACAGAUGACAAUGGGUUAAUCAAAGUUGCAAACUCUGUUAAUGCUGCUCACUACUUUGAAUCUGUUUUGAAGGAAUGGUGUGAGGACACCUUUUUUCUUGAAUUGGAAUUUGAUCACAGCGAGCAACUGGGAAUAGGGAUUAAUGAUAAUAGUGGUUUGGAGGGGCCAAUUGAUGGACCAGUUGGUUGUGUUUUUGACGAGGAGAUAAAAAAGUUGGAAAAUUUCAGAAAAGAGUGGGUUGAAAGGAUAUCAGUCGCUGUUUUGAGGGGAUUUGAUGCUAGGUGUCGAGAAUAUAUAAAAAACAGGAGGCAGUGGCAAGAAAAGGGUGAAGAAAGUUGGACAAUCUCCAAAACUUUAGUCGGGGCUCUAGAUUAUUUGCAAGGAAAGAUGGCAGUAGCGGAAGAGAAUUUGAACCGGAUAGAUUUUGUUGGUGCCUGGCGAAGUUUGGCAGCGGGGGUUGACCACUUGCUUUUUAAUGGCCUUCUUAUGAGCAUGGUGAAGUUUCAUGAUGCUGGUGUUGAAAGGUUUAAUUGCGAUAUGGAGAUUUUGUUCGGAGUAUUUAGGGCUUGGUGCCUGAGGCCGGAAGCCUUCUUUCCUAAAACUAGUGAUGGCUUGAAGUUGUUAACAAUGAGCUCCGAGCAGCUCCGAGAUACCAUCUCAGGAGGAGGGAAAACGAUGAAGGAGAACGGCAUUAUCCAUUUGAAUGUAGCAGAGGCAGAGAAGAUACAAAACAAAAGAGUAUAUAUGAGUUAAUGGAUGGAAAAUCAAAAUCCAUGUUAAUUUUAUCCACCGGGGGUGUAGCACGUUCCGAAUAAAACAGGAAGGUUGGUUCGAGUUUAUUAAUGGAAUUGGCAUUUUUUAUUAAAUAUUCAUUUUUUUAAUUAAAACUAAAUGUGAUUUUCUUAGUUUAGGGUAAAUUUUAGUUUGCUUAUCUAAGGUUUAUGUAUUAUCUUAAUUUUACUCGAAAGAAUAUAUGAAUUUGUUUCAAUUAACCUUCAUAAA